CCAGGGCCUCCAAGGCUGCAGGUCAUUGGUCAGGAUGGCCCUUAUGCUAAUAAACCGACAGCCUAGAAGUUUCUAGCACUGCUCCCUCCUGUCUGCUCAAUCUCCAUCAUCCAGGGGAGGCGUGGAUUGCACCCAGCUUUUACCAUUAUCUUCCUGUACCCAUGGCUGACCUCUGGAGGGAGCAGGGGCUGGGGGGCCGCAGGCUGCUGUGGCUACUGUGCGCCCUGCUGCUCCUGCUGGAUGUGGUCCUCACGGUCCUCCUGAUCUUCUUCACACUCAAGGCCAACAGCGAGGCCUGUGCCAGUGGCCAAUGGGCCGAGCGAGUCUGUCAGAACACCACCCACCAGCUGCAGCACCAGCUGACCCGGGCCCAGGAGGCUGUAUGGGCCGCCGAGGCUGGAGCCGCCACCUGCAACCAGACUGCCGUGGGCCUGGAGAACGCCCUGGAGCUGGAGAGGGCUCACGGCCGGGAGCAGCAGGCGCGACUGGAGGAGCUUCUGGGGGAGGUCGCCGGCUUGAACCAGAAGCUGCAGGAGGCCACGUUGGAGGUGGAGCGACUGAGCAGGGAGCAGCAGGCCCCGAGGAGGGGAAGCGACGCCGCCUCCGCCGGCUCCUCGUGCAGCCCCGGCCUUGGCCCCUGGACGGCCGCGGCGCUCCUGCUCCUGGGGCUCGGGGCUCUGCGAGCCUGAGGUCCCCCCCUUCGCCGGCCGGCCACGGCCGGCCUGGUCUGCUCAGCUCUGUGUCCCCCUUCCACGCCUGCUCGACGGGGCCCCUCCAAGGGGCCAUGGGGGACAGGGGCAGCGGGGGCGGGGGCCCCCGGGGGUCCGCCCUGGAGGUGGCGAAGCUGCUGAGCUGGCCGCAGGCUGCCUCUCCCCGGAGCCGAGCAGGGCAGGGGGCACUUGCUUCUUUGCUGUCCUGGCUCCAGGGGUGGGGGGACACUUCUGGGCUCUGUGGGCUCCCCAAGUAAUAAAACUCCCUUUCGAGGAAACACUGUA